CUAGUUAGGUUAGUUUUGUGCGCAGGCGCGGUAGUUAAUUGAGGGUCGUGCUGCUGGCGGUCAUGUCGGUGCAGGAGGAUCCGGUGCAGCGAGAGAUUCACCAGGACUGGGCGAACCGAGAGUACAUCGAGGUGAUCACCAGCUCCAUCAAGAAGAUCGCAGACUUCCUCAAUUCCUUCGAUAUGUCCUGCCGCUCCCGUCUGGCCACACUUAAUGAAAAGCUGACAGCUCUGGAGAGGCGGAUUGAAUAUAUCGAGGCCCGGGUAACAAAAGGUGAAACACUGACAUAGAUGUGCUGGAGGCUGGCAGGGAGCCAACUAGAAAAAAUGAUGCUGUCUACAGAGCUGAUGAUCAGACAUCAAGUUUCUUCAUUACUUAAUAUGGAUGGGAGUUAUGCUUGUUUCUAUCCCUUGGGAAGCUGCAUCCCACAUUUGGAGUCUGUGACUUUGUGCUGGUGAUUCCAGCUGAAACAGCUAAAUUGUACAAGAGCAUGUUUAAUGUGGUUUUAUACAAGCAGAUUCAUACAGUUCAUGCCCCACACCUUUGCAAAGCCCUUUUGCUUUGCAGCAAUAGAAUCCAUAUAGAACCAAAAUUUAGUUUCUGGGACCACAAUGUGAUUUUUUUAAAUCUGAACAAAUCAGGAUGUGGAGACUGUGCAUAUUGGGUGGCUGUAGUGGCAGCUUCAGUAUACAUAUUAAGCAUCCUGCAGCUAGUUUUCAUUGCUGGAAGAUAGUGAAUACUUUCCAUUGUUGCAGUUGCUCAACUAAGUAAACAUACAGUAUGUAUGGGGGUGGGGGAGACUGUCUUGUGCCAAGGGAGGGGUGGCUCUGUUUUCUAAGUAUUUUGUAUAAUCUAAUGUAACUUGGGAUGCCUUUUUCAUUUGUGUUUCCACAAUAAAAUCAC